UUCAGGGCGUCAUAAUACUCAUUAUUAUUAUUGUUUGUCCAGUAACUGUAUAGUAAGUUAUUGUUUUGUUUACAUUCAUUUUGUUAAUUUAGCAACACAUUUAUUAAUAAUUAGAGACAAAUGCAUCAAAUAAAAAACCAGACUUUUAACAAUUAUUAAAACAGGAUGUCAGUGGUUCUAGAUGACAAGACAGAGUUUAUGACCAAUCCUUUUUAUGAUCAACACGAGCCGAGUAACUAUCAAAGUUUCUACAUAACUCUUGGUGUGUGCACAGUGUUUGCCUUUGCACUGCUCAUUUUCAACUUGUUUCUGUGUUGUUUUUCUAAGCACAGACAUUACUGGAGAAACAGCGAGACAGGUAAUCGUUAUAUAUUACCAAUUUGGAUCAAGACGCCUGCAAAACAAGCUCCACUCGAUCUGAGAGAGUUAGAAACAAACUUUUCAAAACCGAAACCCGUUUAUGACUCAGGGGUACCCCAAGAAUUUGUUGAGCUUCACAAGAAAGAGAGUGACAUUUGAAUUAUACAAUGAUUCACAUAUUUUCACCUUUGUUAUUGUUGUUGGCUAUGUUUGUACUGUUUGUAGUCAUUGCUAUGGUGAGGUAUGGAGGGCGUUUCUGCUCGGUACAUAGGGAACCAGUAAACUACAAUAAUUAUAAUGACGAAUAUGUAGAACAAGUAUCUUACGCUUAACUUAAUUUAAAUUCUUAAUCCCUUACAGUAUCAAAUAAAUAUGGGUUAGUUUAGUUUAAUUUUUACAGUUAAUAAAACAAAAUGUUAUUACACUAUGUCUUUAUGUUUAUCAAUCACUUUAUAACAAAACAUUAGUUAACUUUGAAAACAUUGAAUCAAUAAGGGGAGGUUAAUUAGAAAAAAUGUAGUUUCUUUUUUUUUAAUUUAUCAGUUAUUAUUUUUUAGUAAAACAAAUAUUUUGCAUAGACCAAUAAUAGAUUAAAAUAUAUUAUUUUCUAUUAUGUUGCACUCAACAACUCUAUACAUCUUAAUUUUAUUUAUAUUAUUUAGGUAUAGCACAAAUUAAAAAUAUUAAUAUUUUUUAAGUAAUUAUUCAGGAAUAAGUUUUAAAAUUUUAGUUGUUUUGAACUUUAUUGUCUUUAAUUAAACCUUAUUUUUUUUUAUUAUUAUAGCUUACUAAUUAUUGGUAAAUUUCUGGAUACUUAAGUUCAUAACUAGACUUUAUAUUUUUUUAAUUGUUAAAAAUAGAAAGUAUAAAUACUAUUAUUUUUUUUUAUACUUAAGUUAAGAACCAUACUUGGUGGUCAUAAAUUUUUUGUCAGGUAUCGAGCAUAACUGCUUUCCACCUUUACCAUAUAAGCUGUUGUUUAGUAAAGCCAGGUUACACAAGUGGGCUAUCUAGUAUGGUUCUUAAUUUAGAGUAGAUUUUGUUUAAUACUAUAUAAUAUAUAAACAAUUCCGUCCAUAUUGUGAUCAUAUAAUAUAGGUAUAAAUGUUUGUAUGACUUGGAUGACUGUAAAGUAACAUUUACACAAUGAUAUUAUAAAUUAAAACUUUUUACAUACAUAUUAUGUCUUCUAUAAUUUUUUAAAUAACAUUUUUUUUGAUCAAAUUUAGAUUAUAAUUAAUUGAAUAUAAAAAAACAAUAUUCAUAAUUGUAAUUUUUAGAUAUAUUUGUGAUUUUAUAUACAUUAAUAUUGUUUCUGGGGGAGUAUUUGAAUCUUGACAAUCAUCCAAUAUGUCAAAAUAUUUGUAAUCAUUAUAUUCAAUAACAAAGUAUUAUUUUUUACAAAUUAUAUUUUAUAAUAAACUUUUUUUAACAAAAA